GAUAGCGAAAGCGAGAAAAAAAAGAUGGGAAGAGUUAAAGCUAAGCGAGGAGGCCAGGUAGCAGUAAGAAGAAGAAGAGUCCCCAAUCCCACGGUGCCUCGAGCCCUCGACCGGCUCCGCUCGCACGCCCACCACCGCGCCUAGCUGUCGCGGCGCGGAUCCCGAGAUCCUCAGCGGCGCUUCGGCGGGACCACCCCGGAGCUCGGCGGCGGCGGCGGCGGGCGCACGCCCCAUGCCUUUGGCGCCCCGAUCGGAGCCGAUCGGUGGCCGCCUGAGACGUCAGAGCAGCUCGCCGGGAGCCGGAGAGGAGGAGGGGGUGUCUGCGGCGGCGGAGGAAGAGGAAGAGGAGGAGGGGGAGAAGGAUGGCGCUCUUCCGCAAGUUCUUCCUCAAGAAGACCCCUGAUCGGCUGCUCGAGAUCUCCGAGCGCGUCUACGUGUUUGACUGCUGCUUCUCAACCGAUUCCAUGGGUGAGGAUGAGUACCGGGAUUACUUGAGCGGCAUUGUUGCGCAGUUGCAGGAAUUUUUCCCAGACGCGUCAUUCAUGGUAUCCAAUUUCUGGUCUGGGGACAAGAGGAGCCGGAUUUCAGAUAUAUUAUCUGAGUAUGACAUGACAGUAAUGGACUACCCGCAACAAUACGAAGGAUGUCCAUUGCUUCAGCUUGAGAUGAUCCACCAUUUCUUGAAAUCGUGUGAAAAUUGGUUAUCAGUGGAAGGACAGCAUAACAUGCUUUUAAUGUAUUGUGAGAGAGGGGGAUGGCCAGUGCUCGCAUUCAUGUUGGCCGGACUGCUUUUGUAUCGGAAAACAUACACGGGUGAGCAGAAAACACUAGAGAUUGUCUACAAGCAGGCUCGCAGGGACUUUAUACAGCAAUUCUUUUCAUUGAAUCCUCAGCCUUCACAUCUGAGAUAUUUGCACUAUAUAACAAGACAAGGAAGUGGUUCAGAAUGGCCUCCAGUUAGCCGGCCCCUCAUCUUGGAUUCAGUAGUUCUCCAUAUUGUUCCAAGGUUUGAUGCCGAAGGGGGUUGUAGGCCAUAUUUGCGUGUACAUGGGCAAGACUCAGGUCCUGGUAACAAAAGUGCAAAGGUCCUUUUCGAGAUGCCAAAGACCAAGAAACAUCUUCAGCGUUAUGGGCAGGCAGAAGUCCCGGUAAAACUUAGUGCUUUCUGCCGUGUUCAAGGAGAUGUGGUACUUGAAUGCAUUCAUAUUGGCGAUAACCUUGAGCAUAAGGAAACAAUGUUUCGGGUCAUGUUCAACACUGCAUUCAUUCAAUCAAACAUCCUAGGAUUGAAUCGUGAUGACAUUGAUGUUGCUUGGAAUGUGAACAAUCAGUUUCCAAGGGACUUCCGAGCUGAGAUACUCUUUUCCGACCCUGAUACUUUCAAACCUGCUGCUACUGCCGAAGAGGUAGCUGAUGAUGGGGAUGAGACCGAUGUUGCUUCGGUAGAUACAGGAGAGGAGUUUUAUGAAGCAGAGGAGGAUUGGCAUGAUGCUAGAAGAGAUCCAGAAACUCAGUCAAUCGAUGGUAGAGUGUCAUUAGAUGAUGGCAUUGCAGAACUGGAUGGUGGCGCGGCAAAUGAAGAAAUAAGCAACCUAGAAAAGCACCAGACUGAUGAGGACGUGAAAAUUGUUAUCUCCCAGAAUUCAGGUAGCAUGACUGAAAAACGGCCAAGUGCACCUGCCUCAAGUUUUGAAAGCCCAGGAGGUUUGCAGCAGGGACAUGGGGUUCUUGCAAAAUCUAAAUUAAGUGACACAAAUGACCAUGAGAACAGUGAUGUGCAGGACAUACAGGUGGUUGCCACAUCUGUGGAUUCAGAGGGACACAGGUUUGGGUCCAUCUGUCAGAAGGAGGAUACUAAAGGUGUAAUUGCUCAAACUUUAGUCACAGCAGUAGACCCAAGUUGCAGUGAUGAAAUUCAAUGCCAGGUCAAUGAAGCCACAAAAAUCUCGAAAUACCAUGAUUUGGGCUACACUGCAUUCGGUGCUCCUUUAGGUUUGUCUUGUACAGAUGAGGAUACCCACUUGAGAACUAUGACUAAUGACAGGCUGAAGAAUGGUGAUAUCAAGAUUAUUACUGAGAACAUAAUAACCGUGGACAAUGAGCUGGUGAUCUAUGAAGAGAAAACCAUAGUUGACAAUGGCAACCUGAUACAUGAAGUAAAAAAUGUCGUCAACGAAAAGAGUGUUAUGUCUAAAAUAGACAGAGAUAUUAUUGGGAGUACAGAAACGGCCAAACCUUCUGAUACAGUCGAUGGCAAAUUGGAUCAAGGUAAAUUUAAGUCAGGCCUUGAAAAUACCAUAUCCACAAAGAAAACCAGUUUGCAUGACAGAAUUGUUGUGUUACCAGCCGCUGAAGUAGUAACUGAAAUUAAAACCAAGCGAGAGGGGCCUGGUGAUAAACAGGAUUUGGGCAUGGCUCUUCCUCAAAGAAGAACAAUAACCAGGGCUAAGAGUCCUAGGAUUGGAAAUGAUGACCGAGGGCAAAUUCCUGAUAAUGCUGUGUCUAAUGUGUUGAAGAAGAUCGGCAAUGCAACCCAGCCAGUCUUAUUGGAAACACGGCUUGGACAUGGCGAACAAUCAGAAGAGCAGUCAAAUCUUGCCAAACCAAAAACAAUACGCAGAUGGAUCUCACCAAAGAAGGAAUCUGAUGCGACCUCUGUGCAUAGGCCGUCUCAUCCUCCGUCCAGAUAUUACAGUUCACCAGCUGCACUAGCUAUUCUAUCCAAGUCUACAGAUGGCAAAACCAGUGUUGUGAACAACGCAUCUCUAGUAUCACUGAGAGAACCAAAUGGUAAUCACUUAACACAAGCAACAAUAUCUGCACUGUCUGCUCCAUCGCCUCCACAACAACCCUUGUUGCCAGGUGCACAAACUGCAUCAAGAAGCCAAGCUCCAAAUCAUCCACCGCCGCCUCCUCCUCCUCCACCACCUCCUCUAUCUAACUCCUUUUCAAGUUCCAUGUCUUUGUACAGGGGGCCAGCUUCAACUGGCUUGUCAAACAUACCUCAAUCUAACCCUCCUCCACCCCCACCCCCACCCCCACCCCCGAGGUCAGGUAUAAGUGGAAAUGCUCCUCCUCCACCACCUCAGCCAAGGUUAAAUGGUACUGUCACCACUCUACUUCCCCCUCCACCUCCACCACCACAACCGCCUCCAAGGUUAAAUAACAAUGCAGUUGCUCCACCACCACCACCGCCACCACCACCUCCGCCACCACCAAAACUGAGUUCAAGUGUUCCAUCCCCACCCCGACCUCCUCCACCCCCAUCUUCCAUAACACGUUCAAGCGCUCCUCCUCCGCCACCACCACCACCAAUGGCACAUUCUGCUCCUCCUCCACCACCACCGCCACCAUUCUUGCGUUCUAAUGCUCCAUCACCACCUCCGCCGCCGCCACCCUCUCUUCCAUUGACACGUUCUGGUCCACCUCCGCCACCACCACCUCCAGCGUCCUAUAGUGCUCCUCCUCCACCACCUCCUCCAAUGACAUGUUCAGCAGCACCACCUCCCCCACCCCCUCCACCUGGCAGAGGAGCACCCCCACCCCCACCUCCUCCCCCUGGUGCUCAUCCAGGCCCACCACCCCCUCCAGGUGCUCGUCCAGGCCCUCCACCUCCUCCACCACCCCCUCUAGGUGCACGUCCAGGCCCUCCACCUCCCCCACCCCCUCCAGGUGCACGUACAGGUCCACCACCUCCUCCAGGUCCGCGGCCAGGAGCUCCACCCCCUCCACCUCCUCCAGGUCCGCGGCCAGGAGCUCCACCUCCCCCAACCCCGCCUGGAGGUGGUGGGAGAGCACCUCCACCACCGCCUGCACCAGGAGGACGGCUUGGUGGCCCUCCUCCUCCUCCUCCUCCAGGUGGACGUGCACCAGGUGCACCAGUUCCACCCAGAGCACCAUGUGUGCCACCAGCACCAGGAAGCAAUCUCUCAUUGGGUAGAGGGCGUGGGGCUGUACGCCCUCCAGGAUCAGGUUACGGGGCUGCUGCUUCACGCAAGUCAACACUGAAGCCAUUGCAUUGGGUCAAAGUAACAAGGGCUCUGCAAGGUAGUCUAUGGGAAGAAUUGCAGCACAAUGAUGACUCGCAUAGUGUUUCAGAGUUUGAUUUAUCGGAACUUGAGAGCCUUUUUCCAGCAGCCGUUCCAAAAUCUGACAACAGCUCAAAAUCUGAACGUAGAAAAUCGCUUGGAUCAAAACCAGAAAAAGUUCACCUGAUUGAGUUGAGGAGGGCAAACAACACAGAGAUCAUGCUGACAAAAGUAAAGAUGCCACUCUCGGAUUUGGUGAGUGCGGCUCUGGCACUGGAUCGAUCUACCUUGGAUGUCGAUCAAGUGGAGAAUCUCAUAAAGUUCUGUCCUACGAAAGAAGAAAUGGAACUUCUCAAGAAUUACACCGGAGACAAGGAAAAUCUUGGGAAGUGUGAACAGUUCUUCUUAGAAUUGAUGAAAGUGCCACGAAUGGAGUCAAAACUACGAGUGUUCUCCUUCAAGAUCCAGUUUGGUUCACAAGUUACAGAUCUUAGAAAAAGCUUGAAUGUCAUAGACUCUUCUUGUAACGAGAUCCGAACUUCUCUAAAGUUGAAAGAGAUAAUGAAGAAAAUCCUUCUUCUUGGGAAUACGCUGAACCAGGGAACUGCCAGAGGUUCUGCGGUUGGCUUCCGGUUGGACAGUCUUCUAAAACUUACAGAUACCCGGGCAACAAAUAAUAAGAUGACACUAAUGCACUACCUCUGCAAGGUACUUGCUGCAAAAUCUCCACAGCUUUUAAACUUCUAUGUGGAUCUUGUUAGUUUAGAUGCUGCAUCAAAGAUACAACUAAAAAUGUUGGCAGAGGAAAUGCAAGCGGUUAGUAAAGGGCUGGAAAAGGUUCAGCUGGAGUAUGAUGCUUCAGAAAGGGAUGGUCCAAUAUCAGAAAUUUUUCGUGAGAAAUUGAAAGAGUUCACCGACAAUGCUGGAUCUGAUGUUCAGUUGUUGUCUUCAUUGUUUUCUGAAGUGGGAAAAAAGGCUGACACACUGAUUAAGUAUUUUGGUGAGGAUCCUGUCCGUUGCCCCUUUGAACAAGUUAUCUCUACCCUCUUAACAUUCGUAACAACAUUUCGAAAAGCACACGAGGAGAACCUCAAGCAAGCUGAGCUUGAGAGGAAAAAGGCUGAAAAAGAAGCAGAAGCAGAGAAGUCUAAAAGUGCACAAGUAACUAGUAAAAAUAACUCUAAACCAUCAAAUCCGAGCCGGCAAGCAAAACAAACUUUAGAGAGGACAAGGUCUACAAGCAGACCAGGAAGAGAUGUUGGAUGAUCCCGGAUGGCCAGCUCUUCUGCUGUGCUUCUGAUCUGCUUUCGGGGCAAAUCGAUGCCCACUCUUGUCCGGCAAGAAAAGUUUUGUGAAUGGAUGCUGGCAUCAAUGAGUGCAGCGUGAUUGCAUCGUAGCAACUGUACAGGACGCCCUCUGCGGUCUCUAUGUCUAAGGCCGACCCCGUUUUUCCUCGUCGGCCAGCAGGAUCCAGUGCCAACUUCUGACUGCUGUAAAGAGCUAACAGUGAAGCUAACUUGAUUCUUUCUUUUGUCAUUUUGUGUUGUCCAUUCUUUCUAACACCGGUGGCCAAGUACAGCCAUGGCUUCAAGAAAGUACAGCCUGGUGCGAAGGUGGAAAAUUGUAAACAUAGGAAUUAGGGAAAAAGGGUACGGAGAUAAUCUGAGGGCAAAUAAUGCCAGAGGUAAAUAUGAGAUGUAAACUCGCGCGUAGUUUAGUAAUAAAAUUUUUGUAGUGUAUGUAUCAUCUCUUCUCUAUGAUGCAGUGAAUGCAUCACCAUCUUCUCUACC